GCAGCAGCAGUCUACGUACGACCCGAACUACGACUCGGACUACGACCCGAACUACAUUCCGACCCACUACCCGCAGAGAGAGGCACCCUUCGCUAUGGGCUACAAUCAGCCGGGUAUCGGCACCGCAAGUACUGUUCAGAAAGCGAUGCCUGGGUCCUGAUGUGCUGCUGUCUCAUAUUCUUUGGGGGAGUGCUGAUUUUCCUUAUGGUCGUUUCUUUGACGCUGCGAGGCAGUGAACCAGACGAGGAUGAAGACGAUAUAUAUCGAAGAGAAGGAGGAGGAAGCAGUAACUCAACAUAUACCUUGCCCACGACUGCACAAUCUACAAACGAGUCUUCUGCUGAACCCACAAGUGAGACGGGUGAGGAAAGCACAACAACGUCGUCCAUCGACACAGCGAAACCGAGGCCGCUGACGAUACGACUUCCAACAGCGAUUACAACGCCGGCGACAUCUUCGCGGGCGACAACUACGCCGGUGACAACUACGCGGGUGAAAACUACUCCAGUGACUACUCCAGUGACUACUCCAGCGACAACUACGCGGGCGGCUGCAACGCCGGCGACAACUACGCGGGCGCCCGCAACACCGGCGCCAGCUACGCCUGCGACAACUAAGCCGGCGCCCUCAACGCCGGCGACAACUAAGCGGGCGGUCGCAACGCCGGCGACAACUACGCCGACACCCGCAACGCCGAAGGCAACUAAGCCGGCGCCCUCAACGCCGGCGACAACUACGCCUGCGCCCGCUACGCCGGCGACAACUACGCCGACGCCUGCAACGCCGGCGCCAACUAAGCCGACGCCCUCAACGCCGGCGCCAACUACGCCGGCGACAACCACGCCGGCAGCAACAACUACGCCGGUGGCGACAACUACACCGGCGAUGUCAACUACGCCCAAAGCAGCCAAGUCAAAUAGAACGACGCCUGCGACUCCAUUGCUGUGCUCGGUGGGGACGCAGGCAGCGAUCGCUCCGGUCUUCCCACCUGACGAGUCGUGCGACAUCGUGAUUUACACACACGUGCGCGUGGUAAACGGAACUGUGAUCAAGUCACACGACGACAUCAGCUACGGGGCAUUCAGGAACGCCUGCAAGGCGUACCGGUAUACCACGUGCGGCUUCUCUUUCGACAUACGGUACCUCGAAAGUGAAGGCGCAAGCGACAUAUUUGGGAAUGAGCAAAUCAAGGACGACCUAAACACGUCAAAGCACGUCUACCGUGUGCAUCACUACGGCAUCCUGAACAUCUACAACACGUCUGAAGCUGUCCAAAAGCAGGCAACUGAGAGCGCACCUCCUAUACUCAAGCAAUUUCGGAACCUUUUGGGUGAAGACAAACAGCAACACAAGGUCUUCGUAGGCGUUGGAUUCUACUUCUACAACAGUACAACAGCCUGGGAGGACCUGGACUAUUUUGGAGAUACUGUCGCCACGUUCGAUGUGGACAUCCUGGUUGUAAUGAGCACAGUUGUGACAUUCCCGAGCAAAGCGGAAUGCUUAGCAAUGCCAGUCAACGCCUACGACAGUGCAAACGAUUAUACCCCUACCCUAGCAUGCCAGGUGCAAGAGACGAUCCUCGACCUCGAGAAGUCGGCCAUCGGCCUUGCCAGCCAGCCGCAAACUCAGCGGGUGGUGCUGCAAACUUUCGACACGAUCAGCCUCAUGAAGAGCAAGGCGACAACCAUACUGACGCAGCCCAACGUGCGGAACAAGCUCACCUGGUUGCUGCUCAACGUUGACUUGACGGACUCAACGAAACGCUGUCUCAAGUCGGGGCCCUUUGAACGCGUCAAAGAGUUCAGCGACUUUCACUACCAGCACGCACAGAUUGCUAAGCGUUAGCCACGCGUGCUGUUGAUGCGACAAAUGCGCAAUGGCCUGCUGGUGUCGCACUUAUUGCGUACGGUCGUGAAACCUGUCCGUGGGACGGAGUUUGUUUGCUCGCCCCACGGGACCAGGCAAAACAAUAAAAACGAUUUGAUAUUUUUUCCCA